UUCGCGAAAGAAGAAGAAGAACGUGGCGACAACGUGGCAGGCGGGAGGUAUGUAGAAGAGGAAAAUUAGAAGUAGAACGCGGAACGAAGAACGCAGUUAUUCUAUCUCCAAUGGAAGGAACCGCCUCUGUGGAAGGAAGCGCUGGUCGUGCGAGAGGGCGGUCGAGGGGACGUCAACGACUCGACCCAGACCGCGAAGCGCGGCGGCCAGGAGUACCACCAGCAACGUCGACGCCGCAAUUGCCGCAGACCCAUAUAUCACAGCCCAUACUUCCACGGCAAGUGCUCCCGGACGAAAAGCGACGCUCAUUUGACACGCUGUCGUUGUCCGAUUCCUGCAACGCGUCACAGAAGAGUCUGCCCGCUGCUCCAUUGUCCGUGAAGCCCAAGCUGCAAGUCGAGCCAGGUGUGUUUCGCUCAGUUGAAACUCACGCUCCGAUCGAGAGACUGCCUCUUCGUGGGUCACGACGUGGGCGCUACGACGAAGUAACAUUCUUGGCGACCAGACCGGCCCACGUGACCGACAAGACAGGGACGUCCGGAAGGCCUAUACGCCUUCUGGCGAAUUAUUUUAGACUACUAUCCAUGCCGCAAUACUGUGUUUAUCAGUACCACGUGGAUUUCGCCCCCAACGUUGAGUCGAGUCGCAUGAGGAGAGCAAUGAUUGGAGACCACAAGGAGAAGUUCGGCAAGUGUUACGUGUUUGAUGGCAUGUCUGAUCUCAAGACCCCAACGAGGUUAGAGCUCGAGUUGACUGAACUGUUCUCCAGACGCCGGAGCGACGGGGCGAUGGUUUGCAUCAAGAUCAAACGUGUUCAAGAGCUCGCGCCGAAUAAUCCUGACUUGUUGAGGCUGUUCAACACGCAGAUGAGGCGCAACUUAGAGCAUCUGGACUUCGUCCAGAUCAAUCGCCACUACUUUGACAAAUGCGCCGUUUCCUCAAUACCACAGCACGGUUUGGAACUUUGGCAAGGCCUUGUUACGGCUAUCGGACAGCAUGAGACAGGAGUCAUGAUGGUGACCGAUACAGUUCAUAAGGUACUGCGAAGAGACAGCGUACUUGACCUUCUGGUUCAAAUCAUGGACACGGGAAGGAGCAACUACAGAGAUGAUGCCAUCAAGAAAGUAACCGGUGCAAUUGUCAUGACUCCGUACAAUAACAAGACUUACCGUGUUGACGACAUUGAUUGGGGUAAGAACCCGAGGAGCACCUUCGACACAAAGGAAGGCACAAAGUCCUUCGUGGAUUACUACAAGGCGCAGUACGAGAAAGACAUCAGAGAUCUUAACCAACCUCUACUGGUUUGUCGGCCAAAGGAGAAGGACCUCAGGGCCGGGCGAACGCAGAACAUUUAUUUGGUACCCGAACUUUGCGUGAUGACCGGGCUCACGGACGAGAUGCGAUCCAAUGUUAAUGUUAUGCGUGAUCUCGCGCAACACACUAGGGUCGAACCCCCUAGGCGUGUGAGGAACUUGUUGGAGUUCAUCAAGCGGGUAAACAAUGAUAGCCACGUCUGCCAUGAGAUGGACCAGUGGGGGCUCAAGUUCGACAAUUCUCUCGUUGAAAUUUCAGCACGUGUGGUCAACCCUGAACGCGUCAUUCAAGGCACGCACAGUUAUCAGUACAACCCCAGCACGGCCGACUUCUCGCGCGAAAUGCGGGACAAACAAAUGCAUGUGUCAGCGACUCUAGACAACUGGCUAGUCCUCUGUCCCCGCCGUGACCAGCGCAGCGGCAUGGAAUUUGUUCGCAACCUUAUGAGCGUAUGUCCGCCGAUGGGUAUCCGUACGAACGAACCGCGGAUGGUAGACAUGGACGACGACAGGGCAGGGACGUACGUUCGUGUUCUUCAGCAGUACGCGACACCGGACUGUAGACUUGCUCUGGUUGUUCUUCCCAACAACCGUAAGGACCGGUACGACAUCAUCAAAAAGCAGGCGUGCGUUGACAUGGGUCUCCAUACACAAGUCAUUUUGAGCAAGACCAUCAGCAACAAGAAGAACGUCAGGUCUGUUGCGACCAAGGUGGCGAUUCAGCUGAACUGUAAGCUUGGAGGAGAGGCCUGGUGCCUGGAGAUACCCUUGGCCAGGACUAUGGUAAUCGGGUACGACACUUACCACGACUCGACGCAAAGAGGAAGGUCUGCAGGGGCUUUCGUAGCCAGUCUUAACCGCACGCUCACGCGCUGGUUCUCUAAGGUGUCCUUCCAUAACACACACAAGGAGUUGGGCAGCUCUCUGGCUUUGAAUCUUUGCGUGGCUCUCAAGGAGUACGUAACACAGAAUGCAGAGAUGCCAGACAGAAUAAUCUUCUACCGGGAUGGUGUGUCCGACGGCCAGAUACCCCAGGUGCGUGAAUGGGAAAUCGAUCAGAUCAUCGUCUCGCUGUCCAGCAUGUUCCCCAACGUCGAACAAAAGCUGGCAUUCGUCGUCGUGACGAAACGUAUCUCGACCCGCUUCUUCGCUUCUUCCGGCCAGGGGAGCUUCUCAAACCCUCCGCCAGGAACAGUAGUGGACUCUGAAGUGACGCGACCGGAGCGCUAUGACUUCUUCCUGGUCUCGCAGAGCGUCCGACAGGGAACAGUGGCGCCGACCCACUACAACGUUAUCUACGACACCACGGGGCUGAAACCGGACCACAUGCAAAGACUGUCGUACAAGCUGACACAUUUGUACUUCAACUGGCCCGGCACGAUUCGCGUACCUGCACCCUGUCAGUACGCACACAAGCUCGCGUUCUUAGCAGGUCAGUCGCUGCACGCAGAGCACAACGAGAAGUUGUCCAAGACUUUGUUUUAUCUUUAAGGGUUAUUCUCUCUACAUGGGGGUUUUGUUUUUGUUUUUCGUUUUUAUUGGGAGUUGCAGGCUGAAAAGUUCUGAAAUGGUUAUAUAUGUAUAGACUUAUGUGUAGGUGUGUAUCACGUUUAUUGCAAUAAAGAUUGUACGACGACUGA